CAAAUUUAAAGCAACGACAGAACCCCUCGUCUUCAGCUCUCUCGCACUGCUCUCUCUCCGAUUUGACCGAGUUUCGCAACCCCCUGUGCUCACUCACCGAGUCAAUUUUUGACUCGCCCGAGUUUCCACUCCAAACCCGUUACCUUCGCGAUGAAGACUAGCGGUCUCGAAGUCUUCGACUUCAGCGAGGAGGACGACCACUCGGAAUCGCUCCAGGGGAAAUAUUUUGGCAAGUUAAAAAACCCUAGGCUCGAUACGAAUCCGAAUUUCAAGUACGAUUUUCUCCAGAAUGUUGUGCAGGGAGCCAAACUUGAAUCAAAAGAUAUUGGCAGCAUACCUUGUGUAGAUGUUGAUUCAGUUGACCAAGAUCAUUGUUGUGAUAAUGCCAUUUCAUAUUCCCCCGUGGGAACAAUUGAAGAGAGCCUUGCUACCAAGAUAGAGUAUAUGGAAUUGGAUGCUGCACCACAAUUCAAAUGUUUGAGUCAUGAACAACACUCUGAUUCCAAAUUAGAUAGUCAUGGAUCCAGAAGUCCUGUUUCUGAGCCAGAGAGAAGAGGUUCAAAUGCUAUGUCAUCAUCGUCAUGGAAAAGCCAGUUACACUCUGCCCUUGAGGUGUCUCCGUCCAGUAAUGACCCAGUUGAUGUGAUUUUAGAUGCUGAUGAAAGCUCGAGUGACUCUCCAUCAAGUCCUGCUUCUGAAAUUGAAGAGGAUGACGAUUCUUUGGGUACAUAUAAACCGUAUCAUUGCUCUGGUGAUUUGGAAAUGGAUAAUAUAAAUAUGACGGUUGUUCUUUAUCCUGAUUAUGUUAUAUAUCGGGAUAGUUAUUGUACAGAACCUCAGUUAACCUUUUCUCCCGGUUGCAUCAAAAUCAGUGGUUCAACAUCCGAACGCCCUGGAACCUUUAGUUUUGAAUGGGAAGUCGGUGAUCUCAUUGAUGUAGAGUGUCAGUGGUUUCAAAAAGUUGAAUUUGUCAUGAUAAAACUUCGUGUUGUAUCAAAGAAUGCCACGGAAGAUGAUGGUGCACCCAGUACUUCUGGCACUGAAGAGUUGAAGAUUGCAAGUGUUGAACCCAACUGGUUCGAGCAACAACAAAGGAUAAUGUCUUUGAAUGCAAAAUAUAUCAAUUCAUGGGUUUUGCAUGAUAGCAUGGGCAUGGAAACAGAUGAGGACGAUUCAAUUGGGCAGAGGCAUCAUUUUCCGAAUUUUGAUGAGCCUUUUGAAGAUGUUGUAUAUCCGAAAGGGGACUCAGAUGCUGUUUCCAUCAGCAAGAGAGAUGUUGAUCUCUUACAGCCAGAGACAUUUAUUAAUGAUACAAUUAUUGACUUCUAUAUCAAGUAUCUGAAGAAUCAGAUUCAGCCUGAGAAAAGGCAUAGGUUCCACUUUUUCAAUAGUUUUUUCUUUCGGAAGCUGGCUGACCUGGACAAAGAUCCAUCCAGUGUUUCCGAUGGCAGAGCUGCUUUUCAACGAGUUCGUAAAUGGACGAGGAAAGUGGAUUUAUUUGAAAGGGAUUACAUCUUCAUUCCUAUAAACUUCAAUCUACACUGGAGCCUAAUAGUCAUAUGCCAUCUUGGUGAAGUGCCUAAACAUAAUGAUGGAGAAUCAGGAAAUUCACGUAAAGUACCUUGUAUUUUACACAUGGAUUCUAUCAAAGGAAGUCAUACGGGUCUGAAAAAUCUAAUUCAAAGUUAUCUGUGGGAAGAGUGGAAAGAAAGGAAAAAGGAGACAUCUGAAGAAAUCUCAUCAAAGUUUCACAACCUGCGAUUUGUCUCACUUGAGCUACCGCAACAGGAAAAUUCGUUCGAUUGUGGCCUGUUUUUACUCCACUAUUUGGAGCUCUUUUUGGCAGAAGCUCCUGUUCAUUUCAGCCCUUUCAAAAUAACCAAGUUUUCCAACUUUCUUAAUGCAAAUUGGUUUCUUCCGUCCGAGGCAUCUCUCAAGCGUACCCUUAUUCAAAGGUUAAUUUUUGAGCUACUUGAAGAUCGUUGUCGGGGACUCUCUUCAGCAGCUUCCAGUGAUGAAGACCAGGCUAAGUUUCCAGAAUGUAACAAGCAUGAAACUGGUGUGCAGUCUUUUUCAGGAAGAUGUGGUCCUGCUGUAGCUUGCCAAGAAAAUAUGUCAAGUUCUCAAGCAGGCCAGGGAAUUGAAAUCACUCUAUUAUCCUCAUCUUCUCUAAGGAGUUCUGAGUGUGUUAAUGAUGCAGGCUUGGUUCUCCAGGAACUUUUAGAGCCAGGAGCCACCCCCGGCUCACUCUAUGGAGAAUAUCAAUCAUUUGACCAAAAAUCAUCUUUUUACCGUCUUAAUGGAGCUAUAUCACCGAUGGAGGACGACACCAAAACUGGAGAGCAGUUCGCUUUUAUGCCUACAGGAGACUCUGGUUUUCAGCAAAUAACUGGAAUUACAUCUCAAACUUGUGACAUUGAGCAUACAUCAAGAGCUUAUGGCGUUGAGACUGACUUUAACUUGGCGCAAGCGGAAAAUGGAAACACUGAUUCAUCCCCUAAACUAUCAAUGUGUGUCUCUGACCAAUCUGAAUAUAUAGCAUUGAGAACCAUUCAGUUGGGGAAGGUUUGGGUUCGAGUCAGAAAGAAGAAAUGGAUGUAAACCAUUCUCAUUUUGUGGAAAACGUCACAUGUUUAAUAGAUGUCCUUGUUUCUGCUCCAAGCAAGAUGCAGGACGCUUCCAUUAUAGAAUUAGAAGGUUCUCAAGAUCAUGUGCAUGACUGGAAUGAAAAUGGAGAUUCUCAAGACCAUGAUGCUUUCCAUGAUGGCAACGGAAGUUGUCAAGACCAUUAUAAGGUGCAUGAUGGCAACAAAAAUGGAGGUUCUGAAGACCAUGGUAAGGUGCGUGAUGGCAAAAAUGGAGGUUCCCAAGACCAUGAUAUAGUGCUGGAUGCCAAUGAAAAUAGAGGUUCUCAAGACCAUGAUAGAUUGCAUCAUGGCAACAAAACUACAGGUUUUCAAGACCAUGAUAAGGUGCAUGCUGUCAACGUAAAUGGAGCUUCUCAAGACCAUGAUAAGGUGCAGGAUGGCAACGAAAUUGGAGGCUCUCAUGACCAUGAUAAGGUGCUUGAUGGCUACGAAAAUGGAGCUUCUGAAGACCAUGAUGAGGUGCAGGAUGGCAACGAAAAUGGAGGCUUUCAGGACCAUGAUAAGGUGCAAGAUGGCAACAGAAAUGGAGCUUCUGAACACCAUGGUAUGGUGCAGGAAGCGGCUCCAAUUCCCUCGUGCCAAGAAAAUCCCGAUGUACAAAUGGAUCAAGACUCCGAUAUGGUAGACAACAGGACAGUCUCAUGUGAUGAUGAUGUUCAAAUUUCCGAUGGACCAACGCCUGACGAUGGUCUGAUACCCGAGUCGCUAGAGCAACGCGCUGCAAAAAGGCUGCGGCUUACACCUCCAGUUGAAGGGGAUAAAUGUGUCACAAGAAGCCUUGUUGAAGACUGAAAGUCGUGAGGCCACCAAUUCUCUUUUUGCAAGUAUUUUGAUAGUUAUUUGACUUGAAUGGUCUGUCCAUAUGAGGUAUGUGGGAUGUAUUUAGAGUUGAACAGUUAGGUAAUAUGACGCUUUUGAUCUAAAAUGUUAGUGAAUUUAUUCGUCUGAAAAAAAAAGCUUUGAUUUAA